GUGUCAUCCUCAGAGUUUAGCUGCUCCAUCUUGUGAUACCUGUCAAAUGGGUUUUGUUUUCUGCUUUACUGCUUUUUUAUCAGUCACCUUUAUAUUAUUCCUGGCAGGAAAGUUUGACUCUUGGUAUUGCCAUGCUACUGUGUAUCUUAUGAAAAGUAGGUCUAAAGCCAGGAUAAGGUGAGAAGAAAAACGAAACACGAUAACAAAUGUGUUCCCUGAUCCCUCAGGUCUUUCCAAAAUAAGUGAGAAGUGCUCCUCAUGAUAAGGAGUUCUUCAGACCUCCUAUACUCCCUUUUAACAAAUCCCUUGAUAGAAUGCAAAUCCACACCUGUGAAAUACAUACGAUGUAUCUCAAAAGCAAAACAGUGGGGGUAGGAGCUGGAGGACAGUGGAAUAAUUUCAAAAUUCUUAAAAUAUAAAUCUUACAUAAUUUUUAAUUCCUCAUAUGUGGCAUGCAGCAAUAAUGAACAGCUCUGCUUCUCUACCUGCUUCAUCUUUUCCUCGAAGAGAAGAGGCUGUAAUUGCACUGUGGGAAGUGCAGGCAGAUCAUGCUGAGCCAGUGGGUGGUAGGGAGAUACAACCUGGUCAUGAGAGAAUUGGUGCAGUUAAUACAUUCAAAACAUUGAUUUCAGAAAGGACUGUAUGAAUGUGAUUGCAUCAGAUAUGGGGAUAUUGUAACCAGCUGGACUUUCUGAUAGAUGCUUUGGCUUGGCUCAAGAUCCUCUUGAUUGAAGAGCCAAACUGUAAUUUAGCUUUUCUUUUCAUGGUAUGUUAGAACACUUUGAGCUGCUAGGAUAUGAAGGUUCAUAGCUUUAAUUAUAUACAAUUGGUGCUGUUGAAAACAGCGUGAGGCAUAUAGGUAUCAAUGAUAAUGAAUGUUUAAAACUUAAUAAUAACUUACUAAUUAUCAAGCUCUGUUCUGAAACAGAAAAAUGAACAAUAAGCUUACAGGAGGUACAUCAAAUACUGACAUGGAAAAUCACGACCCUCUCUAUUUCAUAGAAUCAGGUCAGCAGGUAAACAUUCAUUCCACUAGCUGACAGACAGGCAGACAAAAGUUCUGACAAUAAAUGAACAUUACUUUUAAUUUCAGUCAGUUUUUCAGUGAAGACUGUGUGUAGACACCUAAUGUGGUGGUAUGUGUGCAUGUUCCUAUCCUUUUAGCCAUGCUCUUUGCAGCUGAGGCUUUUAAGUCCUUUGGAAUGAAAGCACCCUUUGGAACAUCUGCAAUAUUAUGUUGAUCACACUGACCUCCAAAGUCAGGUAAGUCACUGAGGGUAUCCUUGCUUGAUUCAGUGUCUAGCCAUGUGAUUAUACCUGCAGUCGUUAGAGGAGUCUGCUUCCUUUUGAGAAACCUGAAGAAGGUGAAACUGCAGCUUUCUUCCUGAGACAUUUCAGUGAUAACCAAAAGACAGUGUGCUAAUUAAAGGGAAAAAUAAAAAGUCUGUAGAGAGGAGAUGAUUGAUAAAAGGACUUCUAUGUUUUCCAAAUGUCAGCUCACUGUAAAUAUUUUGCAUAACUUCUACAGCCACAUUUAUCCUUUUUUUGGCACUGCUAUCUCAGUGGUGAAAGUUCAGUGUCUGAACAUAUGAGGAUGGUAGUUUUGUGCGGGGGCGGAAUGGGUUUAUUCUAGUUUUACUGUUUGGUGAAACUGGGAACCUGCACAGAUGGAAUCUAGGCUUUAAAUUCUCCUUAGAGAGAGAAAAGGAAUGGGGAGGAAAGAGUAACUAACUAGGGCAUGUGAGGCGAGCAUUUUGUUUGCUGUACUCCAGGACUCAGUUCUGUGAGCUUUUUCUAUUUUUUCUUUUAUUUUUUCUCAAAAGACUUCAGAAGAAAUGAAAUCAGGAUGUAAAAGCUGAAGAAAUCUAACUGAGGUACUUCAUUAGGGAGAUUUUCAAAAUGGAUGAUUGGAAAUCACUUCUUGUACUUCUCUUUGUAUCCACCUUUGGCACUCUAGAUGCACAACAGACUGCUUGCAUUAAUGCCACGACGGCAGAUGUUGUCUUUAUAGUGGAUACUUCAACAAGUAUUACCCAGGAAAACUUUCAGAAAGUGAAGAACUUCCUUUCCUCCUUUGUCUUAAGUUUUGACAUUGGCCUUGAUGCGGUCCGAGUUGGACUGGUCCAAUACAGUGACAAAGCUUACCAAGUAUUCUUACUGAAUCAGUAUUUAUUGAAAAAUGGUGUUUUGGAGCAGAUUGGGAAUUUGCCGUACAGAGGUGGAGAAACAUACACAGGGAGAGCUCUGGAUUUCGUCAGCACAAAGUAUUUCCUGGAAUCUGCUGGUAGUGGAGCAAAGGGUUAUGUCCCUCAGGUAGCCAUUCUUAUCACCAGUGGAGAAUCCAGGGAUGAAGUAGAACAGCCUGCCAAGAAACUGAGAUACAGAGGCAUUUCCAUGUACGUUGUUGGAAUUGGUAUCCAGAAUACAACUGAGCUUCAGCAAAUAGCCAGCAGACCUUUCCAUAAAUACCUGUAUAGCAUUGGUAGUUUCGAUGACCUUCCAGAUCUCUCCACAAGAGUUUUGCAAAACUUCUGCACUGCAAUUGAAAACCAGAUACAAGCAUUUGCAAAACAAUAUGCUGAUGUUAUUUUCCUUAUUGAUUCCGCUGAGAACAUGAAGCCUUCAACGUCUGAAAGGGUAAAACAGUUCAUCUCCCAAGUAGUCAGGCAGCUAGAUGUUGGGCUUAACAAGCAUAGGGUUGGCCUAGCCCAGUUUAAUGGCAUAGGAAAGGUGGAGUUUUUACUGAACACAUAUGAAAACAAAGAAGAGCUGCUUGAACACAUUCAGCGCAGCAUUGCGUUCACUGGAGGCUCAUUGCAGAAUGAAAGUGUCAUGGAGUUUUUGAAGAAAACCUUUUUAAUGAACGGUGCUGGAAGUCGGCUCAGUGAAGGCACUCCACAGGUUGUUGUGAUCUUCACAUCUUCUGGAUCCAGAAACAGUAUCAUGGAGGAAGCCUGGAUGUUAGAGGAGAUGGGGGUGAAAGUUACCUCAGUUGAUGUUGAAUACUUUGACAUGAUAGAAGCGGUGAGAGAACUCUCUAGCAAGGCUGAUCAGAUUUAUGAAGUGGAGAGCAUUAACCUCGUGCAACAAAACAUUGUCAGUAACAUCGAAACUUCACUUCAGAAGCUUUAUGACCUUGAUUCAAGUGUGCCAGCAGUGUGUUCUAGUGCAACAGUGGCAGAUAUUGUGUUUCUUGUGGAUGAAUCCAGCAAAAUUGGGUCAAAAAACUUCCAGCUGAUCAGGGCUUUUCUGUUAAAAAUUGUUAAUGCCCUAGAUAUUGCUCCAAACAAUGUAAGAGUUGGUCUAGUAUUAUACAGUAAUGAACCAAGACUAGAGUUCACUCUUGACACAUUCGAGGAUAAACUGGAAAUACUGAACUACCUGACGAAUUUACCAUAUCGAGGUGGGCAAGCAUAUACUGGAAUAGCGAUUGAAUUCCUGAGGAAUAAGGUUUUCACUCAAGAGGCAGGCAGCAGAAAAAAACAAGGAGUGCAGCAGAUUGCUGUGGUUAUCACUGAUGGACAAUCCUUGGAUGAUUACGCUGAACCAGCAUCAAAACUAAGACGUGAGAGUGUUACAGUCUACGCUGUGGGCAUCAAGAAUAUCACAGAGGGUAGCAAACUUGAUAAAAUUGCAACGUAUCCCCCAAGGACUCAUGUUACCGCCCUGAAGUUUUUUCUACAACUGUCGAAUAUUGCAUGGAAAAUAAAGAAACAACUUUGUAAUGAGAUUGUGGCAAAAACAUUUGUAGUCCCCUUACAAUCACAAGGUCUGAAGAAAGGUUGUGUGGACACAGAGGAAGCUGACAUUUAUUUCUUGAUUGAUGGUUCUGGAAGCAUAUAUCCAUCCGACUUCAAGGACAUGAAAACAUUCAUGAAUGAGGUUAUCAGAGUGUUUCAACUUGGAGCUAACAAUGUUCGCUUUGGUGUGGUUCAGUAUGCAUCUGAGGCAAAGACAGAAAUCAUAAUUGGCCGGCACAACCAAAUGAUGAGGUUAACAGAGGCAAUUGACAAUAUUGAUCAAAUCGGUGGAGGUACCAGAACUGGAAAUGCCUUAAAGUCUAUGAAAACUCCGUUCAAAAUGGCUUAUAGGGAAAAUGUUCCACAGAUUCUGAUAGUGAUUACAGAUGGUAAAUCUGAAGAUGGAGUGAAUCAGGCAGCAAGAGAUUUGAGACAACAAGGAAUCAUUAUCUAUGCCAUUGGCAUCAAGGAUGCUGUUCAACAAGAGUUGGAGGAAAUAGCCGAGACAAAAAAUAGAAUGUUUUUUGUAAAUGACUUUGAUUCUCUGAAACAUAUUAAACGUGAAAUUGUGCAAGAAGUCUGUUCAACAAAUGUCUGUAAAAAUGUGAGAGCUGAUAUUGUUUUCCUUGUGGACAGCUCAAACAGUAUUCGACCAGCUGAGUUUCAGAAGAUAAAGGAUUUCAUGCAGUCAUUUGUCAUCAAGGUAGAGGUUGGGCUUGAUAAUGUUCGAAUUGGCUUGAUUCAGUUCAGCUCUGAAAUAAGGGAAGAGUUCCAGCUGGACAGAUACAACACUAUAGCUGAUGUGCGGAGAGCCAUUCAAGAAAUACAGCAGAUAAAAUUGGGAACACUGACUGGGAAAGCAUUGACCUUUGCUGCUUCUUACUUUGAUCCUCCUAGAGGAGGGCGUCCUGAAUUAAAACAGUACCUGAUAGUGAUUACUGAUGGAGAAGCCCAAGAUUCAGUAAAAAGCCCAGCCAGAGCCAUCCGAGACAAAGGUAUCACUAUAUACGCUAUUGACUUGCUCCAGGCGAACAAUUCACAACUUGUGGAGAUCACUGGCACCCAAGACAAAGUGUUCUUUGAGAGUGAAAUGAACUUCUCAGAAAAGCAGAUUCUCUUUGAAAUUUGUAAUCUACAGAAGUUGUGCAAGAGAGCAGAAGCUGCUGAUAUCAUAUUUGUAGUGCAUGGAUCAUCUGGUGUUACAGACCUGCAGUUCAAAAGCAUGCUUCGGCUUGUAGAAGCAGUAGUUAACAACUCAGUGGUUGGAAAGGACAAAGUUCAGUUUGGUGUUCUGGUCUAUAGCUCAAAGCCAGAGGUGCAGUUCUCACUGAAUUCGUAUGCUUCCAAGUCUCAGAUUAGAGAAGCAGUAUUCAGCUUGAAGCCUCUGUCAGGCCAGCCCUUCACAGCAAGAGCUUUGAGCUUUGCUAGGCAGAGAUUUGAUGUGAACUAUGGUGGACGUGCAUCAUCUCUUGCUGUCACUAGGAUCCUUGUUCUCAUUACUGAUGAACCAACAGUGCCAUCAGAUAGAGACAACCUUCCAAUGGCCAUAAGGGCUUUGAAGGAAGAUAAAAUCGUCUUAAUUGCUGUUGGAGUGAGCAAAGCAAGCAGAGAAGAGCUUGAAGAGAUUACUGAAGAUCAGGAAAGAUUAUUCUUUGCACAAAACUAUGAUGCACUAGAAAACAUACACGAAAACCUGACUCAGAUAGUGUGUGAGAAAUCUAAGCCAGUUUGCAGCAAUCAUGUGGCAGACCUGAUAUUUUUGAUAGAUGGAUCAGAAAGUAUAUCAGAAAACAGCUUUUCCAUCAUGAAGACCUUCAUGGAGGAUGUUGUGGAUAGUUUUGUUAUUUCUAGGGACGAAGUACAUGUUGGAGUAGUCCAAUAUAGUCAAGAACCCCAGAAGGAAUUUUAUCUUAAUGAGUUCUACAGUGACACCAUUAUAAAGGAACAGAUAAACAGAAUCGAGCAACUGAAAUCUUCUACAUUCACUGGCAAAGGACUGAAGUUUGCCCAGAGACUUUUUGAGCCUGCCAAUGGAGGCCGCAAGUACCAAGGAGUUUCGCAGAACCUUGUUGUGAUUACAGAUGGAUAUUCUGCUGACAGAGUGGAUGAUGCAGCCAUGGCUUUGAGAAGCAAUGGGAUACACGUCUUUGCAGUUGGGGUAGGGAUUGUAAACUCUUUUGAGCUGCUCCGAAUAGCUGGUGAUGCAAGGAGAGUGUUCACAGUGGAGAACUUUGAUGCGCUGAAAACAAUCAGGAGCACUAUUACCAGUGAGAUCUGUGAGCCUGAAGACUCGGCUAACCAGGAUUAUUGCAAUAUAGACCUUGCUAUAGCAGUUGAUAUUUCAAGACGUAUGCAGUCUGCAUCUUCACUGCUUCUGAAACAGAAAUUGCAAACAUUCCUUCCCAGGCUUUUAUUCCAGAUGAAAUCUCUUCCAAAUAUCAGCUGUAGUGCUGGAUUUCCGGUCAACGUUAGGUUCAAAUUCCAAGUAUUGUCACAGACCAAGGAAUUCCUCUUCAACUCGGAUUUUGAGGACUAUAAUGAAGAGAUCAUACAGAAGUUCUUAGAUGCACAAACAGUGGUGGAUACUUACCUGAACGUAGACUUCUUACAGGCAGUUCAGGAGAAGUUUUUUAGUGCAACCUCUGCUAAAGUGAAGGUUCUGUUAGUAUUUUCAGAUGGGUUGGAUGAUUCACUGGAAGAUCUCAGAAAAGCAGCCACUGCCUUUCGACUCAAAGGUCUUGAUGCCCUUCUCUUAGUUGGCUUGGAUAAUAGUCAGAACCUGACUACACUUCGUGAAAUAGAGUUUGGCAGAGGUUUUGGAUACAAUGAACCUCUGAGUGUUGGAUUUCCAGAGAUUGCAAGCAUCUUGCAGAGAAACCUUGAUACUGUUGCAGAAAGAAAAUGCUGUAAUGUUGUUUGUAAAUGCCUUGGAGAAAUUGGUGAUCAUGGAGGCUGGGGAAAUCCUGGGAGGAAGGGAAGUACAGGUUACAGAGGAUCUCCUGGCCACCCUGGUGAGGAAGGUGGGAUUGGAGACAGGGGUCCGGUUGGUUUCAAUGGGACUCGAGGAGAUAGGGGAUGUGCAGGUGCCAGAGGCCGUAAGGGACCCAGGGGUUAUCAGGGAAGUCAGGGUGAGCAUGGUGAGAGUGGAUUUGAUGGCAUCGAUGGAGAACAGGGAGAACAUGGAUCUCCUGGAUUUCCUGGAGAGAAAGGCAGCCCUGGAAAACGGGGCAGAAAAGGCCUCAGAGGAGAACCAGGUGAACGAGGAGAACCUGGUCUAAGAGGAGAUCAUGGAGAUCCUGGGAUUGACAAUAAUAUUGCUGGUCCUAAGGGAGAAAAAGGAAACCCAGCAUGGCAGGGAGACCCAGGACCACAUGGACUCCAAGGAGAGCAGGGCCAUGCUGGUCCUGAUGGUGCAGAAGGUCGAAGAGGCCCUCCAGGUAUAAAGGGUGAGCAAGGAGAACUCGGGGAAAUGGGUUACCCAGGAGACCCUGGUCUCCCAGGCCCACAGGGCCCAAGAGGACCACAAGGGAUCAGAGGACCUCCAGGACCACAAGGCAUGCCAGGCUCUCAGGCUAGUCUGGGUCCCCCAGGUCCACCUGGCUCAAUUGGAAAGCUUGGUGCAAGAGGAGCAAAGGGUGAGCCUGGUGACCCUGGAGAGAAAGGCCCUGUGGGACCACCUGGACCGAGAGGCAUACCAGGCAUGGAUGGCAGAGACAUCUAUGGUCCUGAAGGAAACAAAGGAGCAAAGGGGGAAUCUGGAUUCAUAGGGUAUCCUGGUCCAGAGGGAGAAGAUGGAGACCCAGGUGUUUCAGGAGCUAAAGGACCAAAAGGAAUUAGGGGUAGAAGGGGUAAUGCUGGCACACCAGGUUCCCUGGGAGAUCCAGGGGAUCAAGGACCAUCAGGACCUAUGGGUGCCAAGGGAUCAAGAGGCACCGUUUUAAUGGAAGUAAGUAACUAGCUCACAUCUAGCUGCGUGCUACUUGGGACUGUUUUAGCCAUCAUCUGUUUAUAAUCACUUAACACAGUAAGACAUUGAAUUGUUAGAAAACAGUAUCCUUUUCAAAUACUUAUUCACUGUAUUCUGACAGUGGGUCAUUCUGUUUGGCAAGUAAUCAAGAAGUGAGGAAAGAUGAUAUUACACUAUGUACAAUCUACAAACAUUAAUAUUCCUUUACUUGUUAUCUCAUUCACAUCAAUUUAAACAUCAGAUACUCUUCAGGGUUAUGUCUGACCUCCUUGCAAAGGAAGACACUUACUUAGCAGUAGCUAUUUUCAUUGUGAAUAUUAGGGCAGGAUUUCUUCAGAAUCUCAACCCUAUAGGAUAUAAUUAUAUAA